CAUGGCCGCAACCGGAAGUGGGCAACCAUGGCCGCUCCGCCUCUGAGGGACCGGCUCAGUUUCCUGCAGCGGCUCCCGGCGCUGAUGAAGGGGACAUCUGACGAUGACAGCCCGUGCCCCGGCUACUUGCUGGAGGAGAUAGCCGAAAUCUCCCGCGAGUCGGCCGGGAUUAGCCAGUGCCUGCUGGGUUAUCUACUGAACCGCCUGCAGAGCAAUUCGUGCCACGUCAAGCUCAAGGCCCUGAAGAUCUUACUGUACCUGUGCAGCCACAGCUCCGCCGCCUUCCUGCUCGCACUCAGACGCAACGUCUCCUUCAUCCAGGAAGCCACAGCUUUUGGGGGCCCACCCGAUCCCCUUCACGGCAACAGCUUGUACCUCAAAGUCCGGGCGGCUGCCCAGGACUUGGCGACCACCUUAUUCUCAGACAACUUGGUUCCGGGACCCUUCCGCCCCCCGCCUCCUCCAGGUGACUUCUUCGUUCAUCCAUUUCAUCCUUCGUUCAUCCUCAAGUUAGGCAUGGGAUCCUCGGCUGGCACAGGCAGUGCCCUCCAGGGCUUUGGCUACUCCAGGGACCGGGCUGACGCCGGCUCCACCAGUGAGACCCUCCUGUCCACCUUCCAGAAGGCGGCCGAGGUGGUCACCAAAGCCCUGCGGCCAGGCCUGGACCACCCCGGGCCCCGAAACUGCAAGUUGGGGCAGGACACCUACCAACCGGUGAUGGCCCCCACCGCUGGACAAGGCCGGCCCCCUCCCCAGAAACCAUCUCCGGCCCCGAACCCUCAGAGUCUCCGAGGGAGGCACCAGCCCGGGCAGGCGGGGGGCGGCUGGGAAGAGACGGACAGCGGCCACAGCUCCCAGGACUCCUCGCAGGACAACGGGCAGCCGAGCCGGGCCUCGGACUCGGGCAGCGACGGCCACUCGCGGACCAGCAGGGAGCCGGGUGACGCCGGGGAGAGGGAAGAGACCACGUCGCCCCUGAGUGACUGCCUGCAGGAGGAGAGCCUGGUGAGCAGCGUGACCCGAGGCCCCCGCGUUUUCCUGACGAGGGAAGAGACGCAACAGUUCAUCAAAGAGUGCGGCGUCCUCAACUGCGAGGCCGUGCUGGAGCUACUGACCUGGAAGCUCGGCGACCCCAGCGAGAGCGUCCAAAUGCGAGCCCUGUCUGCCAUCUUCUCCGUGGGCUGCUCCGACCUGCUGUCCCAGGACCAGCUGUUCCUCAUCACGCGGCCACGCCUGCAGCAGCUCAGCGAGGCCGGUCCCGGGCCAGUGGCCAACAAGGCCACCAAGAUCCUCCGGCAUUUCGAGGCCCUGUGCCGAAGCUGCCCCGCCGCCGCCGCGAGAUUCCCGUCGGAGUCCGGCCGCUCCCCGGCCCCGGCCGCCCCGCUCGCCGCCCCGCCGCCCCCCGCCGCGGCCGAGACGGUUCUCCAGCCCCCGGGGGCGGUGGCCCCGCUCGGCUCGUCCCCCCCGAAGCCGGCGCCGACGGCCGGAGACCCUCGUCCAGACCCGUCCGGCGGGAGGCAGGAAGCGGACCCCGCCGGCCGCGGACCCUCCCUGUUCGCCGGGAUGGAGCUGGUCGCCGGGCCGGCCCCCACCCGUGGAGGACACCCCCCGGCGGGCUCGGCUCCCGGGGCUCCUCGGACAGACCCCGGGCCCAACGCCCCCCACAAAUCCGCCUUCUCCUUCUUAAACAUCUGAGCCGGUGGUCUGGCUUGUGUUCCCACUCUUGGGGGUGGCCCGGCCCCGGGUCCCUGGCCCUACCCCCCAACUCUCUGGCUUUGCACGCUCUUCGUCCUUCCUGUUGGCCCCACCCGGGUGGUGGGAGCUUUUCUUUUCUUUUCACUGCACUUGUUUCGCCCUUACUCUGUGCCAGGCACUGUACUAAGC